AUGUCUAGCCCAACCGCGACGAAGCUUCAAGUUCUCGAAGCUGCUGUGGUCUUCUUGAGCGCAAGGGUGAAGAAGGUGGUAGAGGCGGACGUCGUGCACGGCAAUGUGGCGAUCGGCAACCGCACGCAGCGUGCAACGGGCAACAUGGUGCAAAGCAUGAAGAACAACAUGCUUAUUGCUAUCAUGGAGGACCUCGAAGCCAUUCUCAGAGAGGAAAAUUUCGCGGCGUACUUCGAGGAGCUGAUGGCCAAAGCAGAGCAGCUGAACCAAGUCCCCGAUAUCAAGCAGGAACCGAAUCCAGAGAUCUGA